AAAUCUCCUUUACUUCCCUGUCAACCGAACAAGCCAGGAUAUUUGCUUGAGUGGAAGAAGAAGAAGCGGCUCUCCGUGCUCAUGACUUGCGUGCAGUAAUAAUCCCAGGAUUAACUCGAGACGAGUCGGAAUCUAACUGCGAAAUAGUAGUAGGCGGUAGCGAUAAAUUACGAAAGCCUCAGCGUGACAUGCCGGGGCAGUCGGACUCGGACGCAGACCAAACCUUGGUGACUAUAUAAUGCGGCGCCCGCCCUGACCAUGAUCAGCAACGAAUCAUCCAAUCCAAGAUAGUAGCAGCUAAUCUCGCAUCUCCAACUCCUUUCGCGACGUACCACUUACCAUCCGUAGGUGAGAGAUCCCAAGGCCAUGGCGUCGCCGCCGGCCGCGCUCCCGGAGGACGUGGUGCUGGAGAUCCUCGCGCGCGUGCCGGACGCCGCGGGCCUCUUCCGCUGCGCCGCGGCGUGCAGGCGCUGGAGGACGCUGGUGGCCGACCCGUCCUUCCUCCGCUGCCGCUGGCCGGACGGCGCGCGCCACCCGUCCUCGCUCCUCGGCUUCUUCGGCCAGGAGUGUUGCCGCCGCCCCGGCGGAGAAGAUCAUCACGGGGACGUCCCUGAUUCGCCGGGCUUCGUCCGCGCGCCGGGGUCGGUCCUCGGGUCCGACCGCGCCUUCCUGCGCUCCUUCGUGCCCGGCGCCGCCGGCAUCUUGGACCGCGCGGUGCCGCUCGCCUCGCAUCGCGGCCUCCUCCUCGUCCGCCUCGUCCCUGCCGUCGUCGCGGAGCCGAGCGUCGACGUGGACCACCUGGCCGUGUGCAACCUGCACUCCGGCGCCUGCGACGUGCUCCCGCCGCUCGAGCGCGGCUGGUUCUUCGACUACCUCGACGCGAGCGCGUACGCCGUCGUGAGCGAGGGGCCGGCGUCCUUCAAGGUGCUCAUCGUCGGCUACAACAACGAGGGCAACCAUCAGUACGACCUGCGCACGUUCUCGUCCGGCGGCGAGCCGAGCUGGAGCGCGGCGAGCAAGCUCUUCAACCCGAUGGAGCACGGCAUCUUCGGGCCGCUGAAGCAGCGCGGCGCCGUCGUUCGCCACGGGACGGUGCACUGGCUCAUGUGGGACCUGGCCGACUUCCACGCCAUCGACUUGGACGCCGUGACCGGGCGCGUGUCCCUGCAGAAGCUCCCGGCCCCGAGGCCGCGCGACAUGGAAUACCACCUCUACGACAUGCCGCGCCUAAGCGUGGCGGCCGACGAGACGGCUCUGUCGUCGCUCUGCCUGUUCAGGGAGCCCCUCCGAGUAGAGACCUGGACGCGGCCGGACGGCGGCGAGGAGGGUGAUGGGCACUGCGGCCGGGACCGGGAUUGGUGCCGCGCGAAGGUCGUGGAGCUGCGAGCACCCGGGCAGAAGCAAAUCGACUGGCCGGUGUGCUUGUGCUUGGGGGAGAGGAGCGGCACGCUGCUCGUCAAGGAUCGCAACCGGUGCAUGUACAUCGCCGAUCUGGAAAGUGGCGCCAUGGAGGAGGCGACCGACAAGCAGUUUUGUCGUGGCCUCGACGGCUGCAGGGCGGCGUUCCCAGUGGAGAUCGAUUGGCCAGCCUUCUUCAUGUGUCGCCUUGGUGGAAAGUCACAUGCUUAAGUUUCAGCGCUUGUAAUCAUGUAUUAAUUCAGAAAGAAAAACACGCUUACAAUCA